CUCCGAGCGUAACGAAAUUUUUGACGUUUCCACUUUUGCCCUGGCGACCGAUUCCACUCCUCUCGUCUCGGGACUCCCACUCCUCUCGCGUUCCUCUCUCCGACAGCCCCAAAUCCCUAGCUCACCCACUCCUCCCUAGUGUCGUUGCUGCCGCCUCCCACUCGCCGGCAUCGUUGAGCCUCCCUCUAGCCGGUGUCUCCUCUCCCAUUCCCCUCGCUCACCUACUCCCCUCCAAAGAUGGCGUCGUCCCCUCUGCCCGUCUGGUGUCCUCGCCUAUCUUCCAAAGAUUGCUUUUUUUUACUCCAACGCAUCUGAAGCGGUGAUGGGUACUUGUGCGGAGGCGGCGGAGGCAGCGGCGGCGCUGUAUCUAAAGAGGGCACCAUAGCAGCAAUGGCAGCAUUGGAUCUGAAGCGGUUGACGGCACCGUUGCGGCGGGAGGAGCAAUUAUGGCGAGCACUACCACGACGAUCUGCUUUUUUGCUUGUGAGGAACAAAGGGAACAAAAGGAGUACUGCUCUAGUGAUGCUCUACUGACUUGCUGUACAUUUUCCAAGACGAUUGAUCGAUGCAGCUGCUACCUGCUGCUGCUGUAUGCACCAUGUCUGAAGAAGACCCCUCUGUGGACCGAACUCUCUGGAGUACUGGUUGUCUGGUCCAGCAUCGACAUGCAAAAUCGAACCCUUUCUCUCUUAUUCUUCUCUUUCAAAGGCGGCUUCACCCUGUUGGAGUGCCUCCUUAUCAUUAAGCUGGAAUUUCCUGUGGAGUGUGGAGCGGCUGACACCCAAUGCAGCAGCAAGUGAUCAUAUGCUUGACCUUCUGUGUAGUGGAACUGCUGAGAUUUGUGAUAGAAAGCCAUCAACCACUUUUGUGCCGCAUCUUUCUGGUUGACACAUCCACCUGUUGACCAAGAGCAAUCUGUUUCUUUGCUAUCUUCCAAAUUCUUUUAAUGAGUUGGAUGUCUACUUGAAACAAUGCAGCCACGUCCUGCUUAUCGUUCCCUUUCAAAUCUCCACCUCUCUUAAUACUUAGCGCUUGCAUUGCCAUAUAAGCAGCAUAUCUCUUCUCAUUUGUUAGUGAUUUUCUCUUCCUCCGUAUUUGUUGAACACCUACAGUAGCAAUGCAACAAGAAAAUUAGAGAAAUUGUGCACUUGGAGAACAUGGAUGAAUAUAAAUUCAGUAAAAUCCACUUGGCUGAAUUUGAAUGCACUUAAGCGCAUAUAUAUCUUCAGUUAAGUGCAUUCAAAUUCAGUUAAGUCCAUUUAAAUCCACUUGACCAAAUUUGAAUGCACUUAAGCACAUAUAUAUUCAGUUAAGUGGAUUCUAAACUUAUUGCAGACUUGUGGUACAUAUAGUGUAAUUAAGUUCAUUUUAAUUCAUUUAAGUAGUAUGUAAAUACAUAUUCAGUUAAGAAUAUGUAUAUUCAAUUUACCUGCUUCUCCCACUGCUUCUCCCAUAGCUUGAUCCUCUUCUUCUCCCACUGCUUCUCCCAUAGCUUGAUCCUCCUCUUCUCCAACAACAUGUUCCUCUUCUCCUCCCACAUCUUCAUCCACAUCUUCUGGUGGAGAAAAGUUUAGGUCAAAGUUCAUGUUCCAAAUUCAGAGUUUGGAGCUGGAGCUGGAGUACAAGAAGCAAACAUAUUAAGAAUUUUGGAAUAAAAGUAAAUUGUUGGAGUACAAGUAAUUGGAGUAUGAACAUUUAAAUGGAGUAAACUUUUGCUUGAUGUCAAUUUAAAUUCAGAAUUGCUACAAAUUGCAGUCAAUUUAAGUGCAUAGGUUUGCAAUCAAUUUACCAUUGGAGUAGGAGUAAAUAUUGGUUUGUCUAGGUUUGUGCUAAGUGGUUGUUUUCUGUAAAUUAACAACAUGAACCAUGUCAAAUUCAGUUAAUUAUUGUACUGCAUUGGUUUCUUUAAUGUUGCGAUUCUUUAAUUCUCUGUUCUUUGAAAUCAUCAGGACUCCUGAUCAAUUAAGAUCAUGCAAUCUGUUUUCUCUGUUUGCUCUACUAUAUUCUCUGUGUAAAGUGAAAUACUAAGUCAUUCUCUGAAUAACGCCACUUGCUGCCACUAUAUUCUCUAUAAUUCUGAUUAAAUCAUCAGCUUGUGAGGUGAGGCACUAAAACUCUUGUGACAACAAGUCACCCAUACUUGAGGUGAGGCACCCAUCAGCUUGUGAUAACAACAAGUCACGCAUCAUAAUUGUGUGUACAUAAGUGUUUGGUGAGAGUGGCUCUACAAAUCAUAACAAGAAGUAUUCCAAGUAGUUCAGCUCAGAUGCAUCAUAAUUGUUCAUAUCAUAAUUGUACUACUGAAAAUUGUUUGGAUCAUUAUUGUUCUGCUGAUAUCUACUGAUUUUUUCCAUUAACACUGAUUUUUCAAUUAACAAUAUUCAGUUAACACUGAUUGUUGUAGCUGCUGUAAUCAGUUUAUUCCAGUUGAUAUGUACCUUGUCCUUGUAAUCACUUGUUAAAACUUGUUGUUAUGUUCAGUUUGAAGUAUAUCUGGCAGCUGUUAUUGAUCUGUACCUUGUCUCUGCAAUCAAUUGUUAAAUCUUGCUUCUGUUGGUCAAUUUGAAGUGAAUCUUACUGCUGUUGUUGAUCUAUACCUUGUCUCACAGUAUUGCAUUUCAAAUUUCUGUUUCCUGGAUUAAAAUUUCAAUUUCCUGCAAACAAUUUAAUCAGUAUUGCAAUUCAAAUUUCAGUUUCACUUCAAAUUUCCUGGAGUAUUGUACUGAUCUCUAUCUUGUUUGUCGGCUUCUCUGUUGAUCUGGAGCCUCGAGAUUCUCUACUUCUCGUUUGAUCUGGAGCUUCUCUGCUUCUCUACUUCCUGCAAUCUUCUCUGAUGCUUCUCUAAUGAUCUUCUUUGUUGAUUUUGUUGCAGCCUGGAUCUUCUGGCCAAGGAGGAGCACAGCGAGUAGCAGCCUGGGCACUGACUAGGAGGCGUUGGGGCCUGGGCGAGCCUGGGAGGAGGCGUUGGGGCCUAGGCGAGGAGGCGCUAGGCGCAGCGAGCCUGGGAGAGGAGCCGAUGGGCGUAGCGAGCUGGAGGCGCUGGGUCGAGGAACUGCUGGUGCUGGGCGAUGGCGACGUGCAGGAGCUGCUGGUGCUGGGCGACGGUGACGUGCAGGAGCUGCUAGGAGAUGCGCCUGGAGCUCGUGGGCGUUGGGCGCUGGGUGCGGCGAGGCGGCAAGCGCUACGCGUGGGGAAGAACCGAGGGCAUGGUGCCAUGGUCUCGUGGGUGCCUAGUGCCAUGGACGCGUGGGUGAUUUUGAAUUUGAAUUUCUGAGAAGGAUUGAGGAAGACGAUCGCGGGGAAGACGAUCGCAGGGGUAGAAACGUCCUUCUGACAGAAAUCGGUGCUGUCGGAAUUUUGAAAAUGCUCCUACAUUUCAGGACGGAGUGAUUGAGUGUUGGGGACACUAUCAUUUGAAGCACAAGAGCAAGGAGUUCAUCAUGAACAACACCAUCUAUUACCUUUUGCAAAGUGGUGUCUCUUAGAUUGGUUAGGUGUCACUUGGGAGCCUCCAAGAUAUUGUGGAGUUGAAUCAAGGAGUUUGUAAGGGCAAGCAGAUCGCCUACUUCAUGAGAAUCUACCCGAGUGAGGCUAGUACUUCGUGGGCGUAAGCCAUGAUGGAAAAGACAAGGUUGAUUCUUCAUGGGUGGAGCCCUCCAUAGACUCGCGCAAAUGUUACCCUCUAUGGGUUGAAGUCGCCAUCAAUGUGGAUUUACGAUAGCACCACCUAUCGGAACCAUGACAAAAAUCAUCGUAUCCUCAUUGUGUUUGAUAUC